CGUUCUAUUGCAGAGGUCUUUGGUGCUGUUCUGCUGUGCAGAGUGAAAACACUUCCGCAUAGGUGUAUUUAUUGAAGUGCAGCUUGUACAAAAUGAGAACGUGAAUUUAAGUUCCUGUUCCAAACUCUCAGGUGCAAUAGCGCUGGAGCUCACGUUAGUUGUACAUAGUUUAGAUACAUAUUGACUGCAUAUAUAGUGGAGUUUUUAGAAACAGGUACUCGCACACGUAAUGGAUAAUGGAUUGUGGACUGUGUGAGAUCAUUCAAACUUUGGCUGCCUUAGCGAUUGUAGUUAUAGUUUUGGUUAUAAUAAUUGCACAUGCAAGUGCAUCUAAAAUGGUUCAUUUACAAUGUCAUGAGAAAGAGAGAGGUUUCCUAAACGCAGAAGGCAAAAGAGAACCCUUUUCCAGCAUCCACAACCCGCCAACCAAGGAGCUCUCUGUGGUAGUCCCGUCAUAUAAUGAAGAGCUAAGAUUACCUGUCAUGAUGGACGAGGCUCUUGAAUAUUUGGAAAACAGACAGAAGCAGCAAUCUUAUUUUACCUAUGAGGUAAUUGUUGUUGACGAUGGCAGCAAAGACAAAACCACAGAGGUUGCAUUGAAAUAUACAAAGAAGUACGGUGCUGAUAAAGUGAGAGUGUUGACACAAGUGAAUAAUCGGGGCAAAGGUGGUGCUGUAAAGAUGGGUACCCAAAGGUGUCGAGGGAAGCUCAUCCUCAUGGCAGAUGCCGAUGGUGCCACAAAGUUUGCAGACAUUGAGAAGAUGGAGUCUGGCCUUAAAGAUCUUCAGCCAAAGCCGGAGAACAUGGCUAUUGCUUGUGGGUCUCGAGCUCAUUUAGAGAAAGAGUCUGUAGCUACGCGUUCUGGGUUCCGAACGAUUCUGAUGUAUGGGUUCCACUUUCUGGUGUGGUUCUUCUGUGUGAGGGGAAUCAAAGACACACAGUGUGGCUUCAAACUUUUUACCAGAGAGGCAGCCUUAAGGACCUUUUCUAGUUUGCAUGUUGAGCGUUGGGCAUUUGAUGUGGAACUUCUGUACAUAGCUCAGUGCUUGAACAUACCUAUAGCAGAAGUCGCUGUUAAUUGGACAGAAAUUGAAGGUUCUAAGUUGGUUCCUUUUUGGAGCUGGCUGCAGAUGGGCAGGGACCUGCUUUUUAUCAGACUAAGAUAUCUCACUGGUGCCUGGAAACUGGAGUCCCCAAGAAAAGUUGACUAGAAGCACUACAUAUAUCUUAACAAUUAUAUAGUGUAUGUAAACCAUUUGUUGGUUUAUAUACAUCCAAUUAUGCUGUUCUCAAUAAGAAAACACACACCUUUUUAUACUGUGUCAAAGAACUAUAUCAAUAAAUAUUUAAAAUAAUACUGUAUCAAGGGAACAUAAUUUGUAAUUUUAAGGUUUUGUUUGUGUGUAUCUAAAUUGCCAUUUUAGAUUAGGUGUUGUUUUUUAAAUGGUUUAAGUGGUAUCAUUUUUUUUUUCUUCUUGUCGACUGAAAUAGAGCUGGACAACUUGAACCAAAUAAAAUAUCUGAAGGAGUCUAUGAGUGGUUUUAAUAGUCUAUUCUUCAUGAAGAAAACUGAAAGGAGAAAAAAAAAGUAUUCCUUGGAAAAUAAUGUGUGUAAUCUGGAUCAAAAGACACCAUGUAUUCAUAGUUUUCAUCCAAGGAAUCAAGACAAAAAUACACCUGUUUAAUCUGUUUAUCAUUGUAUUUCUUUACCCAGUAACAGUAUAAUAAAUAUAGUGAUGUUUAA